GUGUGACCUCGGCCUUCAAAGUUGCGCACCGAGUGUUUGUUUAAUGAUCUUACGUUUAUGAGUCAUCACAACAAUUCUACCCCUGAACAAAAAAAUACCGAAGAUAUUUCUCUUGACGAUAGUAAUGAAGAUCCAGUUGAUUCAAUGAUCGCUCGUACUGGAUGCUUAGACGAACAUUAUGCGGUUAUUGAUUGUAUGAGUGAAAAGAAAGAUUGGAGACAUUGUCAGGAUUUUGUAAAACAUUUUAAAAACUGUAUGGACAGACAUAAAAAUUUUCAGACUUAACAAUGGACCCAGAUAAAGCUCAUGCCUUACGAGUUUGUGGUCCAAUGAUAAUCCAAUCUCUUGAUCCAGAUGCUAUCAUAGAUUAUCUUUUUUCGAAAAGUUGGAUAUCUCAUAACGAAAUAGAGCUCAUUGGACAAGAGAAAACAGCACAAAAAAAAUCCAGGAAAAUCCUUGAAUUAAUACGUUUGCGUCCAUCGGGGGCAUUUGAUGACUUUUUAGUAGCUUUGGAUUCUGAAGGUUCAUUUCUAGCAGCCGAAAUCCGCAAGCAUAUCGCACCUUCCCCGUCUAAGAAAAAAGAGCAUAGCUUGUCAGAUUUAAGAGAAUUACUAAUUGAAGGAGCAGUUCCAGAUAAACCUACCCGCUAUAUUAAUCGACCGCAUCUAGUUAGUGUUCUUUCUAACAAGUUACGAGCGUUAGCUGACCACUUCAGAGUUGAUAAAAUACCUGUUGAUAAUUUAACUGAAGUGGAUAUUACACCACAAUUUCGAGACUACUCAGAUAUCAAAGGCAAUCUCAAUCCUCCUCCCACAAAUGCUUGGUUAUUAAUUCAUGGAUCUCCUGGGUCAGGAAAGUCAGUAUUAUCAGCCAGUGUUCUGCGUCAAGAAUCAACUCUUCUUGUCGAUUGUUUCCCAGGAGGUGUAAUCUGGAUGCAUGUUGGGCCACUUUUACUUAAUACUUUAAAUUCUGAUACCGUCUCGUAUUCUGAACAGAAAAUCAUACAAUUAGUUGAUCGUUUAUCAUACAGAGUAAAUCAGCUUGGAGAUCAUGUUCCUGGUGGAAAUGCGAGCCCAAAUGUAUCAGAGUCUCACCAAUUUCCAACUAAUCCUUCACUAACAUUAGACGAUAGUCUUGAAAGACUUAGAAGGUCUCUAAUUCGUAAACAGCAACGCAUGUCUUGGGGUCCAGAUAAAAAUGGUAAUCUAAUUACUUCCUUACUGUUGAUCAUUCUCGAUGACGUAUGGGAUGUUGAAGUUGGACGAGUACUUUCCAAUUUGCCUGGUGCGUUUUUGGUUACUUCUCGGAAUUCAGAUGUUUUGGAGCGAGUAGAAACGCCUGUAGAUAAACUACAUUUGCACAAUGACUUAUCAGAAGAUGAAAUUGCUAGUCUUUUGUCUAUGUGGACUGGGUAUUCAGUGGAACAAUUUAUCCCGUCUAGCAAAUCAUCUCAAAAUUUGAAAGACUCCGAUAUUUCAUUACCUUCUAUAAGUCAAAUGACAUAUGGAUUACCGUUUGCUGUCAGUUUACUAGGAAACCUAUUAUACAGUCAAGCUCAUCGUCUUACUGAUUACAUUAUCGAUGUAAAUAGAACUGGAUCUAAAUUUCUCGAUUGGGUAGCUAUUAAACGGCCUAGCGCCUAUGGUUAUGAUUCUGUAUUUCAGGCUUUUGAUAAAAGCAUAUCACUACUAUCGCCCGAACAUCAAGCAUAUUAUCGCCGGUUGGUGAUAUUUGAUCCAGGCAUUGUUUUAACACCAAAACUUUGUGGGAUUUUGUGGGCAAUACCUGAGGACAAGGCUGAAAUGAUUCUGUCUAUUUACACUCGCCAUUCUUUAGCAGUUAGACAUUGGAUAUAUAAAGUAGGAGAUUGUGGCUACACAAUACAUGGUAUACAGCUAGAUCUUUUAAAAUCAUAUAUCGAACCCGCUGAGCAAGCAAACUAUCAUGGCAGAUUUAUACAAAACUAUUUUACUUUUUGUGGUGGUCGUUGGCUAAAACUCAUAUCUUCCUGGGAACAUAUUUAUUUCUGGAAUCAUGCCACCGAACAUUUGUUUAAGGCUGUUCAGUUGGAUAAGUUAGUUGAUUUGUUAAUUAACCUGGAUUUUCUCCGUGGUCGGCUAAAAAUUAUUGGUACGACACCGGUUAUUGCAGACUUUCAACGUUAUCGUGCUGUUUUCGUCACCUUGAAUCGAAUGGCUGAGUGGUUGGCCUAUCUUCGUUUUAUUCAAACAAACGCUUACUAUAUAAUUGACCCAACUAUUGUUCAGGACUGCGAACGAUCUAGGUCUCCAUGCCAAGGAUCUCGUCGGAGUUCCAUGGCCAACUUGGAUUUAUCUCCUCCCAACUUCAGACCUGAUUCUAGAUGUAUAAGUCCUGUCGAAUCACGGCGAAAUUUGUUUUCAAGAAAUAUCAGGUCAAAUUCAAUAAAUAUACCUGAUCGUCCUAGUUAUAAUACUACAUCACCCAAAGGCAUUGACUUACUGCAGCUGGGACUUGGCCUUUCUCAAGAUAACCCUGUAUUUCAACAAGCUUUUCAGUUAUUAACUCAGCGUCAUGAAGCUGUUUUAAAAAUGCAUCCCUCUUCUAAAGAAGAAGUGUCGAAGAUUUUAUCAAUAGUCAGAGCAUUUAAGUAUUAUUGGUUUUGGUGUAACAGUCACAUUGCUGCUUCUCAAUUAUUAUGGGCCAUUCCAACAGGAUUUCAAGCUGUGACGUGUUUGGCUAUUGAAUUACCAUAUACCAUAUCUUCAAUUUUUACAAACGUCUCAACAGAUGAUUCAACAGAAACUGUAAUUUCAGAUAAUCAAGAGAAUUUGACUGAUGGUUCACACUAUUUACGUCAUAACAAUCGUUAUCGUAAACGAUAUCUAGCUUCAACCAGCGAUGGUCGAGUUCUUCUUUUAGAUGCCAAUUCAGGCUAUGAAGUUGCAUUACAUCAAGUGUAUUCACCUGAAACUGAAGUGAAAUUCUUAAGCUUCUUAUCGAAUAAUACGGAAUGUUUAACUUGUGGAUCGAAUGGUAGUUUAGUAAUUUCAACGCUUCCUGUUGCUGAGGAGAUUCCAAAUGAAGAAUUUUAUCCAUACGAUAAGAAUGUUUCAAAUCAUGAAAUUGAUACACUUCCGCUUGAAUAUUAUAUGAAUCAUAGAGGUAGUUGUGAUUUAGAUGCUAUAGGCGAUGAUAACGAUGAUAUCAGCUCCAAUGAUGGCUUCAUUGAUUCCAAACUCAGUAGUCAACAUUCAACAAGCGAAAAUUUCAACAUCUAUUUGGAAUCAUAUGACUCGGAAUUAUCUAUUGCAGAGACAAUAAGACGUCGAAGGCGUUCAACUAUUGUUUCACCAGUUUAUGAUUCUUCACCGAUUGAUGUUCCAGCGCCGAUUGUUUUAGCUGACUUACCUCGACUAACUGAAUUGGCUCGUGUUGACAAUGCGAAAACUUCAACAUCGCCUUCUGAUCAAACGUCUUCGGAUUCAGCUUAUCAACUUCAGUGUAUUGCUGCAAAUCCCUCCGUAGAUCUUUUGAUUAUGAUCGGUGAAGGUUGCCUUGAUUCUGUGUCACAUCGUGUGGACGGGGUAGAAUCAACUACUGAUGUAAAAACUACACCAAAACUACCAAAUGUCUAUCAUUUGAAACGUGGAAGUGGUGGGCAAUUAAGACUUGAUUGCUCAAGAGAAUUAAAUCUUCCUUACCUUCCCUCAAACCAUUGGUAUUUACAAUUAUGUACUGAUUCUAAUUCAAAAGUCCAUCUGGCUUCUGUUUCAGAAGAUGGAAAUAUAAUUGCUGUUUGCUUAUCUGAUGGAUUUAUAUGGUUUUACAACCUUGAUACCAUCUGUUGGAUUUCCUGUAUUUCGACUAAAUUGUCCAUAGACUUUGUCACAAAAUUCUUAUCUCAAAGAUUUUCAAUCGAUGUAUUUACAGAAUAUGAACAGUCUCAGCUUUUUGAUCCGAACAGUUUAGAGGUUGGAGUUGGGCCAGCUGCCUCUUGUGUUAUAUUUCUACCAUCUUUUACAAACCAUAGUAACCCAAAUGACAUGAAUAAUGCGCCAGUAUUUUUUGCUGCAUCUUUAUCUACUCAAGUUUUGAUUUGGUGCUUACCUAAUAGUGAAUAUCAAUUUUCUGAGUCAGGACUAUUGGAAAAAGAAACUUUGUGUCGUAAUAGCUUCCCUCGCUUACAUUUAUCAUGCUCAUUUUCGUCUACAGUACUGUCAAUGGAUGCACGUAUUAUUGAAGGUCAAUGCAUUUUAGCUGGCGGAACAGCUAGUGGACGUGUUCUUAUAUGGCGUGUUCGUGACGGUUGCAAAUUAGUGGAAUUGAGUGUUCAUGCUUCUUGGGUUACAGCUAUACGUCUACUUCCAGAUGAUUUCAAACAAUUUUCUGAUGUAGAUUAUUUUGAUUUUAAUAUCAACAAAAGUUCUUUACCGAUUGGAUUGCUCACGGCAUCUGUUGACGGUGUAAUUAAACGUUGGGAUGUUGGUGCGACUUGCUUACCGACUCCAACAACUCCAACUCCAACUGGUCCAGUUUGGCCGUAUCCUUCAGCUUCCGGUUUUUCAUCUCACAGGCAUUCUACUUCUUCAAAUGCACAAACUCCAAUCGCUGUACAUGGGCUUUGGACCCAAGUAUUGUCCGUUUGGUUUGGUGAACAUGGUUCACUCUUAGUUGUUGGACGUCGUCGACAUUCUUCCGAUUUACAGUUUUUAUUCCGACCAAAACAAUUGAGUGGUAAUAAUGGAACAACUUGUUCAUUCCAAGAGAUUACUCUUCGACCGAGUCAGUCAUCCUAUUGGAAUCCACAAGUUCAGCAUAAAUUUAUUGAAGUUAAUUCUUGUGAGUCUAUUGAUCAUAAAAGUCAUAAAAAUUCAAUGGAAAACAAUCAUCAACCUGGUUCAUCAGUAGAAAGUUCAAAGAAAUCAACUUUUAAACAUUGGAUAUUAAGUACAGGAUUAUCAAGCUCUGUGUAUGGAGUUGCCACUGCUGUAACAUUUUCAAAUGGUGGUAAUUGGGUAGCUGUUGGCUUUGAUACUGGGAAUGUUAUUGUAUAUUCGCUUCAUUUUGACGAUUCACAUUUAUGCGGUAUAGUAAAACGUUAUUACUUAUUGGCUUUUGAUCAAAAUACAAAUAAAACAAAUAUUAAAGAACACAAGACCUCUUCAUCAUCGUGCUCGUCUUCUUCUACACUGAAUGAUCACAUUCUACAUCUUCAUACGUGGAUGCCUGAAGAUCGUGUCGAAUCGACUGAUUCAAAGAAUAGUAAACUUUUGGUUGUGGUUGGUGUCUAUGAAAGUGGAUGUGUAAAAGUAUGGUACCUCUCUGACACUUGUCAUAAAAUAUCGGAUCCAGCUAUACCUUGCGUAAAUGUUUACCCUACAGAAUGUUUUCCAAAACUUCACAGUGAUACACAAUCAUUAAAUGGUUCAGUUAAUAAUCGAAAAACAAAAUUAGAUGGUCAAACCGGUUACCUGAAUGAUUCUUUUCCAAACAAUACUGAUUCAGCUGUUACUUGGUCUACUUGUCGUUUAAUUGAACGUUCUCAACAUCCUUUAGUAUGUGAUUAUCGUACACGUAGUCCUGAACGACGAUCGUCACUGGAUAAGAAAGAAAGUAAAAUGCUAGUUUGGUUUACCUCUGGACAUGACGGUCGAGUUUUUGGUCGUGAAUUAAUUAUUCCAAGUAAUAAUAGGUCCGUUGCCGUUAAUGAAGAAAACAAAUCUGAUUCUAAGAGUAACCGAUGGACAUUGGACUUAAAUGCUCAUACACCAAUGAAAAUAACAGACGCUGAUAUUGGACCAAGUGGCCACUGGCUUGUAACUGGAUCGACAGACAAGACCGCAAAAGUAUGGUUUUUGCCCUCCGGAACAUUGGCUUUUGAUACAGGUACACAUCCAAUGUGUGUCCGUUCUGUGGCUUUCCAACCAGUGGUUGACCUAGAUGGUGAACUAAUUAUGGUAACCGGUGACGAUGAGGGUACUUUACGUGUUUGGCGAUUGACAGCUCAAAUGUUAUGUAGUCAAAUAGCAAAUAACCGUAAUACUGUUUUAAAUGAGAAAAUGCUAUAUUCAGGACGACCCGUAAUUCAUGAGUCAUAUCGAUCUGGAGCCGAUCGUGAUCAAAAAUCUAAUGUACGUAUUCCAAGUCCUGAUGCAAUGCAACAUUUCUCAUCUCGAAGUGGUAAUCCUAGAGAUAAUCGUUUGUUUCACAAACGACCAGAUUACUAUUCAACAGCUGCUGGUUAUGGAUCAGCAUGGUUACAUAAGUUAACGUGGUCACCAGAUGGACGAUUAUUAGCUGGUCUGUCUGAUCGUUUAUGUGUAUGGCCUUUUGAAUCUAUUCAACAAUUUGAUUCGUCUACUGAUGAUUCCAAUGAUUCUUCAGAUAAUAUAAAUACUUCUAUUGUUUCUAUAAGACGUAUUAGUGUUCAAGAUAAAGUGCCUAUUUUAAAUCCACCAAAAUUUGAAAUACAACAAUGUCGUGUAUUAAGAGUACUUUCUUCUGGUGUAUGCAAUUUAGUCGGGACAUCAUCACCUUUAAUGGUCAGUUCAAGUCGUUUAGUGGAAAUUAAUUCGAAUGAUGAUAAAAAUAAUGGUCCAUUUUCAUCGAUUGAUCUUCCACCUACUAUUGUAACAGUGGAUUCGAAUACGGGGACAUUAUAUAUAUUUGAUCCAGUCGGUUCUUUGUUUUAAUUCAUUCUUCACAUAAAAUACUGUUAAUUUUUUUUAAAAUUUCAUUUCCUCAUAUCAAUCAAUGCAUGAGUGAAUAUAUAUUUAUACAUAGGUACAUUGUAUUAGGCUUUCCUUUUAUUUCUAUGUAAAAAAGAAAAAAAGUUGUAAUUGAUGUAAUUUUGCCUUGUCUCACAUGAUUAUUUGUUGGUUUUUCAAAUUUCAAGAGGUAUUAGUGAUUAUUUCUAUGAACUCAUUAAUUCAUUUGUUUGAAUAUAUUUUUGUACAUGUACCGCUUAUUGUUUUACUACUAUGUGUAUAAUAAAUACAUUAUUCUCUAGACUUUGUUAAAUUAUUAAUAGAAUUCUGAUAAUAAGUUGUUAAAAUUUUAUUCACAAAAUAAUUGAUAUUUAGUAUUUUAAACUUUAGUAUUAUUAACUAUCUCAGAUCAACUCGUAUCAUAUAAUCAGAGAAUAUUUUAUUUUCCGGAUCAUGACGAUUUCAUUUCUCCAUUUUCUGCAUCAUUUCCCUCCUCCCUCUGACUACUGCUGUAGUGUGUUCUAUUCAAAGUUAUCCAGAGAAAAUAUCAUUUCCACUAAGCUAUUUUAUUAAAUAUGUAUUUGUGAAUAGUUUGUUCGUAGUUUGGUGUG